UCCCCCUACUCCUCCAGCCUGGCCUACGGAGGAGCGGGGAUCGUCGAGCGCCUGGAUGCUCGCUGGUCCGGGCUGGCGGGCGUCGGAGGAGCAAAGGGACUGACGCUGGGUCCGCGCCCGCGGCCAUUUCCCCCUCCCCCUCCUCCCCUUCCUCUUUCCUUCCUCCCCUUCCCUUCCCCCCGCCCAGCUCGGUCCGGUCCGGCCCGGCCCGGCCUGGCUCUGAGGGACAACUGGAAGGCUCUCGGUGGACGCUCAGGUGGUAUAUGUCUGCCUGUUAAAGUUGGAGAAAAGAAGACAACUUUUUGAAUAAUAAAGAUGCCUCCUAAAUUCAAGCGGCACCUAAAUGAUGAUGAUGUCACUGGUUCUGUGAAAAGUGAAAGGAGAAAUCUUUUGGAAGAAGAUUCAGAUGAGGAAGAGGAUUUUUUCCUAAGGGGCCCAUCUGGACCAAAAUUUGGACCUCGGAAUGACAAAAUCAGGCAUGUACAGAAUCAGGUGGAUGAAGUAAUUGAUGUCAUGCAAGAGAAUAUUACAAAAGUGAUUGAAAGAGGAGAGAGACUGGAUGAGCUACAAGACAAAUCAGAAAGCUUAUCAGAUAAUGCAACAGCUUUUAGCAACAGAUCUAAACAGCUUCGAAGACAAAUGUGGUGGCGUGGAUGCAAAAUGAAGGCCAUCAUGGCUCUAGUUGCUAUUAUCCUUUUGCUGGUGAUUAUCAUUCCUAUUGUCCUGAAAUAUCGGUCUUGAUUCGGUGACCAGAGAUCUCCAUUAAAACAGUUCUGGGACAAUUUUAAAAAAAAAAGAAGAUUGCUGCAUAAUUUAACAAAAUAUGUAUAUAACUUUCAAAAGUUUUUUUUUUCUGAAGAAGUAAAAAGAGGCAAGUGUCCAGUUCAAAUUGGAGUAUUGACAAGUUCCUGAUUAGCCUCCUCCCUUUCACCAAAAUAUGCUUUCAUUAAUUUAUUUUAAAACAGAAAUGCCUACUUUGCCACAUUCUAGGAGCCUGAUUUUAAACUUGAUACUUGCCAAUACAUUAUUUGUAUAUAUAGUUAAACAUUAAUGAUGAUAUUUAUAAUUUAACACAAUUUCCUACUGUAAACUAGAGAGGUGGGGAUUUAUUGCAUCAAGUUCAGGGAGAGGGUGGGGGAUGAGAAGCAUAUAUGUAAACAUUAUGUAAAAAGGGAUGGUAACCAUUCAAUUAAUGAUUACAAAAUGUGUAAUUUUUCUCAUGUAAAAAAAAUUAGGUUUUGGAAAUAGUUUCCAUAUAUUUAUGGAGAAACUAAUGUUUUCAAUCCUGCUACUUUCAACUGUGACUAAAGACAUUCCAGUAAACCUAUUUUGCCUGUAUGUAGAAUCCGUGACAGCUUUUUUUUUACUUUGGAGCUAUGUUAGUGGAUCCUGAUCAGUCUUAAAGCACAGCCUGGCACAGUUAAGGCAGGAAAAGAGACUGAAGGAAAUGAAGGCGUCAGUGGAGUGUUUGGGACUGGCUCCUACACAUGGGUGCAUUAUUAUUGAAAAUGAUCAGCUUUCAUUUCCCUCCAGUAAUAGGAGAUAAAUUAAGAGAUCAUGAGUAAAAGAAAUCCACAGAUACUCACUUUGUUCCAGUAAUUUGCCCUCAACAGAACCUCUUUCCAGAGCUGUGCUAACAAGGAACAAAAAUAAUUUGCUUUGAAUUUGAUAGCCUUUCCCUGCAACCUGUCUUUCCUCUGGUAGUAGUGCCCACUUGCUCACAAGGUGGCCAAAAAGCAAGCAACAGGACAUAGGAGAAGCCCCCAGGAGCCUGAGUAAUCCACAAUGGGAUCAUCUGUGCCUGAAAAAUCACAUGCUGUUGAAUGUUGACAGUUUAACAUUUUUCUUGAACUACUUAUACUUAAUAAAUAAUUAAAGACA